AUUAUUCCAUUCAGUCACUUCAGUCAGUCGCCAUAAAAAAUAGCCCUAGUUACUCGUUUUGAUAUAGUAUCCCAGCGGAAAUAUUGAUUAUAAAGCUUUGAAAUAUUCUACUUUGCAGAAUAACUACAAAAUGCCAGUUAAAGCAGUCUGUGUGCUCAACGGCGAUGUCUCUGGGACGGUGUUCUUCGAUCAAAAAGAUGAGAAGUCACCAGUAGUGCUCACCGGUGAAGUCAAGGGGCUCACCAAGGGCAAGCACGGUUUCCACGUGCACGAGUUCGGCGACAACACCAACGGGUGCACGUCCGCCGGCGCGCACUUCAACCCGGACAAGCAGGAGCACGGCGCGCCGGACGCCGCCGUCCGGCACGUCGGCGACCUCGGCAACAUCGUCGCCACCGCCGACAAGGGAGUCACUAAGGUGUGCAUCCAAGACUCUGCGAUCUCGCUGCUGGGGCGCAACAGCAUCGUGGGGCGCACGCUGGUGGUGCACGCCGACGCCGACGACCUGGGGCUCGGCGGCCACGACCUCAGCAAGACCACCGGCAACGCCGGCGCGCGCAUCGCCUGCGGCGUCAUCGGCCUGGCCAAGUCCGACUAGGCCGAACCUCAAAAUGUUAACUCGCAAUGGUUGCUCUGUUGCCGGACGACUAAAUAACGUAUUUAUUUGGUACGUAACCUCAAAAUGUUAGGUCGAACCGUCUUUCUGUCGCAUAUAAGCAUUUAUUUAUAUGAAAAUUGAUCGGACUCGCAGUCUGAAUAAAUACCUGAUGUAGGUACUUGACCUCAAAAUAUUACGUUUAAACUGCCAUGUUGCAUUUAAAGAUUUUGUAAAAUUAUACUUAAGUUGUGAAAAGAAUGAUUGAACAUUGAAAACUACAUUUUAAGGUUAUGGUACCAAAUAAAUAGAAUUUGGAUUUUCUAGUGUACCUAGGUAAUGAUCUUUUAAAGAACGACUACUUAAACAUGUAAAAUAUAAGUGAUCUUUGCCUAUGAAUGAUGUUGGUUAUGCCAAUGUUUUUGAAAUUGUUAUAAAAUAAUCUAUCUCUAUGGCAUUCCCAAUGUUUGUUUUCUUUAUUUUUAUUGGUGCAGGGAACAUCGGAUCUGCAUUUUGUUUUAAUAAAUAUAAUUAAACUUUU